AUGCCCGGGUCUCAUCUCGAUAUGGCCUCCAAUGACGACAUGUUGCUAAGCGCGUUUGAUCUGACCAUCCUCCCGAGAGUUGGGAAGAGCAUGGAAUAUUCGUCUGCAGAAGCUCCCGGCUGUUCAUCAGCACCAGCACCGAUCGGGCACGUACUGCGGCCAAUGGGCGCCGGAAAGACAGCCACCGGUUCGGUGGAACCCCAAUGA